UUACUUGGGUACAACUCGACUACUCGAUUCAAUCUCUCUUCAGCAACCACCGUCAUGACCACUGCUAUCACACCAGACAAGAAAAAACUGGUAUCUCCAAAGCCUACUAAAACAACAUCGGAUAAGUCAAAGACAAAGCCACGUAGAUCUUCGAAGACUUCAAAGAAGAGAAAGAGUAAGAAGGGACUCUUUGGUUGUUGUGCAAAGAAGCGAAAGACUAAACGAUCGAAAAAAUCUGCUAAGCGUACAAAAAGAUCGGCUCCGAAGAAGGCUCCGAAGAAGGCUCCAAUGAAGGCUCCCAGCAAACCUGCUGCAAAGCUAGUUCCACAACAAGCUCAGGCUUCUCUCCAAAAGCCCAUUCAAUCAGGAAUUGUGGAUGCUGAUGCAACGGUGAAAACAGUUGUUCCAAGACCUCCAACACCAAUUCCACCAACUGGUGUUAAACCGGAACCGGCUCCUCGUUCUGAGCCGCUGUAUCAGCCAAGAUCCGUGUCUUCCACAACACCAAGAACCUCUGCAACAACUGGUACAACUGAACAAAUGGUCACUGCUCCAGCGACCCUUCCUCCGCCAUCUGCUGAAUCUAAACAUCUUCCACAAGAUCCGCCAGGUGAUGCUUCUUCUCCUCGCGUCCAGAGACAAUACACUGCCGAGAAGUAUUCAAAAGAAGAUCAAGACGAUGAUGAUCAGAAGGAUCUGCGUAAAAGUGUUGCCUAUCCAUCUCACAAGUUCUUCAUGACACAAUACGUGAAAGACGAGUGCCGUGUUCGUCGUUGGGUGUAUGAAGAUUCAGUUCCACUGAUGAUGGAAUCAAAUAUGAAGCAUAUGCUCAGGAUGGCAAGCAAUCGAAUCGCUGCAUGCCAAAGUGAUAAGGCCAGACGUUGUGAUAUGAUGAAGGAUUUGAAUGAAAUGACCGAAAUUUUGGAUGGAAAUUUUUGAGAACUUGGGGUUAUCUGUGAACAAAUGAACAUUUCUGGAG